GUAGAGACGAAGCUGCCAGCAUCAAAGUACUAGCUUGUACUUACAUUCUGCUCGUCCAGUCUAUCUUCCACAGAACAUCAUCAUCAAGUAGAAUAAGUCACCAUGACCUCCGUGGACACCAUUCUCUCCUGGUGCCGGGACGGCCAGAAAAUCCGGUUUGCCAUCGAGCAAGCGCAGCAGGAGACGGAACUGUUUCAAAUUGCGGCCCAGUUUGAGCAGGAAAAAGCCAUGCAGGAGUUUUUUCUGAAAGAGGAAAAAAUCCGGGUUGAGGAGGAGCGGGAAUACCGAAAGUUGCGGAAUAAAAGGAUCCGGGAGAUGAAUUUGAACGGAAUAGUAAAUUCAAAUACAACCCGGAACUCAACAAAUGCAUCAAAUGGCGCUCCCGAUCCCCGAUCCAGCACCACGACGCCGAUAUUGUGAGGAAAAAUCCUCCCUCCCCAUAUCAAAACGAAAUUUCUGAUGCUGGAUUUGCGUACACAAAUCAGAUUCGUGUUGCUGGAAAGGACUGCAGGUCCCUAUCGAGCCUGGGGAGAGAGGUUUUAUUUGCCUAGGCGCUUAGCAUGAAAAACGUCCGCGAUGUAGGCCCAACAGCAUGACAAACCGGCUGUAUAAUGCGGCGGAGCCUGUGGAGUUGCCUUCUUUCAACACAGAUGCGAUUUGUGGUCACAAAUCAGCAACGCAAAUUUUUGAAAACGCACCUCGUCAAUAUGGGGAGGGGGGAUUUUUUUACUUUGAUAGCCGAGAUACAACUUUCACUUCGACCCCCGGAGCUCCACGACAGCGGUCGGCUCGUCGCCGCGCCAACUGCAGCUACAGGUCAACAUACCGAACAGCAACACAAAUCAUGCGGCAAUGGCAAAUAGAAGAUCUCCUCGCCAGACUAGAUUUGAGCAGCACCAAGAACGUAGCAACGCAGUGCAGCUGAAAACGGAGCGGUUUUUCCGAAGAAAUAACAAGGCGAAGCUUGCUGGGGUUCUAGCAAAGAAUUCUUCUUGUCAACAGGGUCGCUCUCUGCGGGCGGGGAACAAGCUGAUGCUGGGAAACUACAAUUCUAACCCGAACAGCCCCUUGUCUGCUUCUCCGUCGUCCCCAUCCUCCCCUGCAGCCAACAACAACAAAUCUUCUGGCACUUAUACUUCACCGAAAAUUGCAAAUGCAAACAAUUCCAGCAAGUACAAAACGUUGUUGGAAAGUAUCCGGAAGAAGAUCUCGAAACCGAAGCGGCCAGUGGUGGAGACGACGUCGUUUCAAAUGCCAAACGGGUGGAUUCCGGAUUCGUUUGUGGAAGUCGUGACAACUACGGGGGUGGAGGAGGGAGAGCACUCCGUUUUGAAACACACUUUCUCGUCGCAGUUGCGGCAAAGUUCAAAUAAGCUUUGAGAAUUACAGGAAUUCUUGACGUGCAGUGCUCCAGGAUAUUAAUGAAUUUCGGUGCUAUUUCCCGCCGCGUUCCGUGGACCCCCGCCGGGAUAAAGAUGCUGAGUCAAACAGUGAUCUUCACUUGGCCAUGUCCUGACUGAAGAGUUGAUACUACGUUGUUUCACUUUACGAGUUUCUGUUUCUCAUUCUCUGCUGAUAAUAUUCGAGGUCGAAGCUGAAGAAAAGAUCCCAUCUGAUGAUGGAAAC